AUGGGGAUUUUCAGGGCUAAAUCUAAACAAAACUCCAUCGGAAAAGAUGACAAGCUUGUCAUCCACACCGCCAACGUACAUGAUCCAAUUUUGUCUGCCGUACAAGAAGCUGAGCCGUUUGAACAGGCUGCCGAUACUUCUGGCAAUCGUCGAUCCUCAUACCAGCAAUUUAAUGCGUCUGAGGGGGAAAUGAGAGACAUUUUCGGUUAUCCCAUCACCCAGCCGGACUAUUCAAAUCCCACCAGGUCUCGUAAUGAGCGACCGUUGGAUACUAUUCGUGGCUUCGAGUAUGCCAUCACUGGCGAUUUGCGGAUUCGCGACCAAUUGGAAACCCCGCUCUUAGGAUGGGGAUUUCACGAAGACUUCCCACAACACGGAAAAAGUUAUGUCAACGAGGUUGCUAGCGAGGCGCCUUAUCAGUUCAAUAAUUACACGCAAGAACAGCCCAUUUACCGAGCUCCAGUCGAAGUACAACCCGUUGGAAAAAAGAAGAAAGGCUGGUUCGGCAGAAAGCGCUAA